GGAAGAUUCGUGGCCGAUUCGCAUCUUCCCUUCUCAAUAUUCGGUUCGUUUUUGUUUCCGUCCAAAAAUUCAGAAAUAGUUCCUUUCGUAACUGAAUCAACCACCACCUUCUCAUCGUAUCAUCGAUUCUUCUAUUUAAGCAAGCUCCUCUCUCUUCCCUUCUCACCUUAAUUGCUCCUCCAUUUCCGUUCAGAGCUAUUGGCUUGCAUCCAGCAAUCUCCUUCCAACAUCAAACUUGUACCAGCAAAUUCUUGCUGGUGCAGAAAUUAACCUGCAUUAUUGUAGGUGUGCAUAUGUGCCCUACGACUGCAUUGAAAUAUAAUAGAGCUCGAGCUCUACAUGGUGUGCAUGGGGUCCAUGUGGAUCCUCAUUCUCCAUUUUCAUUGACAGAGACUGAUCAAAAUGGGAAAUUUCAGUCAUCAGCUUAUGGAGCUUCAUUUUUUGGUUCAAAUCAUCUUCUGUCAUUGCAACAGGCGUGGCAGCAAAGACCAGCUUGCUUGAGACCCAUCAACUGUUGCACCAAUGGUGAUAAUCAUCUUGCUGAAAGAGUUGCUAACGUGGUCACUUCACUUCCUUUUAUAGCUCUAGGAUUUAAUGCCCCUAGGAGGAAUCUUAAUUCCAAAAUGUAUGCUAAUUCAUUGAUUGGAGUUGGAGUGGCCUCAAGCAUGUACCAUUGUUCAAGGGGAAAGUUGAGAAAAUUCUUGAGAUGGGUUGACUACACAAUGAUAGCAACAGCAACCGUUUGUCUGUCAAGGGCCCUGAGAAAUGAGAAUCCAAAGAUGCUGAUGGCGGCAACUGCUGUUUUUCUUCCUGUUCAACCAUUGAUGGUUUCACUUGUUCACACUGGGAUGAUGGAGGUAGCAUUUGCUAAAAGGGCAGUGAAAGAUCCGGACCUGAGGAUAGCCCACAAUGUGCAUAAGAUGUCAUCGUUGCUGGGUGGUGUGCUUUUCAUAGCCGACGAUCUAUAUCCCGAAACUCCAUACCUUCAUGCUGCUUGGCAUCUUGCUGCAGCUCUGGGUGUAGGUACCUGCAACAAGCUUCUGGAAUAGAAAGCUGCCAAUCAUGCAGCUUAUGAAACAUUCAUCAACAAUAUUUGUCGAUAUAACCGUUAUGAUGCGCUUGGAUUAGAAAGGGCAUUUGUAUUAGAUUAUUAGAUCCUCCACAUUCAUCAACGAUCAGAUGUAGUUUUGUUAUCCUUUAUUGUAAUCUUAUUGAUGAGUUUAUGAUGUUGUAUUGUAACUUUUGAGACUAUCGAAUCUUCUCCCUUAAAGGGACAAGUUUAAAUUAUAUGUUUUAAUUAUUUUUAAAUUUAUGAUACUUUCAUGGAUGUUUA